UAUUGUCAAUAGAUAUCAGAUAAUUUAUAACUAAAAUUCAUAUUAAAGUUAAUUGUGCUUAAAUAAUUUAUUGAUUAAAUAUAACUGUAACUCGUGAUACAAUCAAGCAGGGAAUGAUUUCACAUGAAAAACUAAGUAAAAAAUGCUACUUCGAUGAUAGUAGCAGGUUUAAGCAUAGCCGCUAUAGGUUAUGCUGGACGUUAUGUGCUUAGAAAGAUGCCAGCUUUAUCACAAACUAUGACGGAAACUUUAAAAAAUAUGCCUAAAUUGAAUUCUCAAUCGUUAGCAAACAGCAGAUAUUAUAAAGGCGGUUUUGAGUCUAAAAUGACCAAACGAGAAGCUAGUUUGAUAUUAGGAAUUCCACCGAGUGCAAACAAAGCAAAAAUUAAGGAACAUUUUAAAAAAGUAAUGUCCGUUAAUCAUCCUGAUCGUGGUGGUUCUCCUUAUAUCGCGGCAAAGAUCAACGAAGCUAAAGAUUUACUAGAGAAAUAAUUUUAUAUAUUAAAUUAGCAAAUUUUCUUUAAAAAAAAAAAAAGAAAAAAUUUCAGCGUGUGUAUAUACUUGUAGAAAUAUAAACUAUGUAUUACAAAUAAUUUAAUAUCUAUUAAAUAAAUUCUUCAUAUUGUACAUUCAUAGCGAGGUUACAUUACAAUUAAAUAUAUACAUUUAAGAUAAAGUAUAUAAUAGAAUUAAUAAUUCUUAGAAUAAAUUUAUGUCUAAUUACAGAUGUAAAGUAAACGAUAAUAUAAAAAAUCAAAUUU